ACUUCUUACGCGUUUAAACGGCGUCGUCGGUGGAUUCGGCUCUUGUUUGUUGUGACUUGGCUCUCUACAGCUCUCGCAACAAACACCGAUCAUCAAAACACCAUAGAAGAAGUGCAAUAGACGCCAUAGGCGACCCGCCGAUCAAAGCUGAUAUACGGAUCAAGAUCUGAUGAGCUCGUAGGUAAUCUUUUGUUAGAAGAUUUGAAAGGAAGAAAUUAAUUGUGAGAUUGAAGGAGAAGUCAAGUCAAAUGCCGGAGGAGGAUCUGGUUGAUAUAAAGUUCAGGUUGUACGACGGGUCCGAUAUUGGGCCUUUCCGGUACUCGUCGGCAUCAACCGUAGAUAUGUUAAAGCAGAGAAUUGUAUCCGAUUGGCCCAAAGGAAAAACAAUUACACCAAAGACAGUGAAUGAAGUCAAACUGAUAAGCACUGGUAAAAUUUUGGAUAACAACAAGACAGUUAAUCAGUGCAAAACACCAUUUGGUGAUGUAGCUGGGGGAGUAAUCAUUAUGCAUGUUGUUGUACAGCCAUCCCCAGCAAAAACUAAAACAGAAAAGAAGGUCGAUGAUUCCCCCAGGAAAAUUGUUUGUUCGUGUUCCAUAUUGUGAAGGCACAAGAUACUCGGAUUUCAUCGUGCAGUGAUCAUGUUUUUUUUUUUUCCCUGUCUUUUCUAUUUUCCUUUUUGUUUUCUUUUGUUCCCCUGCUUAUUACAUAUAGCUUGAAUGAUUUAUAGCAGAAUGGAAAGCUGUAUAGCCCCAAUGAUGUAAAAACAAAUGCCACGAUCAAAUUUACAUGAAGAAUUGACUGUGUCGUUAAUUUCA